GUUCCGGACUGCCAGCUGAAACAUGUCCGACGAGAGUUCACAGAGCGGAAGCGGAAGUGAGAGCGGUGAGGGACCGGAAGGGGAUGUGGAGCAGGCCAGGACGAGGAGCUCUUCGGAGGACCUGCGGAGCAAUGACUGGCUGAGCCUGCACGGCUUUCCACCCGGCAGCGAUGACCAUUUGCUGUCGAUUUUUUCGCGUUUCUGCUCGAUGACCACCUAUCGCAAGAGGAAGCAGGGCCUGGAGCUGCGUUUCGCAUCCGCGGAGCACCUGCAGCGGGGCAUCCUGAUGGCCAAGCGCCUGGUGGUCGGCCAACUGCAGAUCCGCUGGCAUUUGGGUCACCUGGAGGAUGACCCAUCGGGCCAACCGCCCCCCCAAAAGGGGCGUAACCCGGCGGCCGGCGGACUCAGUGUUUUCAGCAAAUUGCGAAGGGCCUUCGCCAACUACUUUCAGUAAUCACAAUUCAUGUUCCGUUGAGUUAUUGCAGUUUAAUUAUAUUUAAAUACGCUACAAAAAUAUACAUUUGCAUACAGCCAAUUUGAUUAUUAUCUACAUUUCCUGUCGAAUUCCAGCUUUUAUUCUUGGGAAACGUAUGUAUCAUCCG